GCAUCAGCGAAAUUCCUCGAAGACUUUGAACAAAACAACAGAACCACUCCUGAGGACUUUGAAUGGCCAUUCGUUCCGGCCAGUCGCUCAUUUUGCUUUGGCGUCGAUGUGACACAAUACAAUCUCUCCAGAUGUGUUAUAGUUAAUAACGUUGCGUAUUUCUACGGUAAAGAACCAAGACAUCUAAGUGAUGAGCAAAUCAAAAGAUUUGAACAAUACGCAAAAGAAUUGGAGGCGUAUGGAAUCUAUUUGUACGAGAACGCAAUGCAGAAGCGUGGCAAAACCAUCAGAUCACGACUUACACCAGUGUCCGCUCCACAGAAGCCAACGUCCAUCUGUGACGAGAUUCAUGCUUUCACGCAAUAA